AUGCAUCCUAAAUUGAAGAAAUCUGGAGAAGUCGGCUGUCAGCCCCCAGUCAAGUUCUCGGCAAAGGGUCGCAACUUGAGAGGUAGAGGGCGGAGACGGACAAAAGCUGCGGGCCGGAAGACCAGAGUUCUCAGAAAGUCUCCCGCCCCACGUGAUGCUUCACAGAGGAAUGCUCAUCCCCCUGACCACCAGAGUCUAGCAGAAAGCCUGGCCAAAUACACCGGGAGGAGAGGCGCCAAGCUAGGGGAGUCCCAGAAAACUGAAGGGAAGAAUGUCAGUCGGGUGACAUUCAACUUCACAACCGCAGACCUUGGGCCCUUCUCAUCUUUAGCCUCUAUAGAUGAUGACACCGAUGAAACCAGCCAGGGUCCUGUCUUCAAUCCUGAGCGGGUCACUGCCCACUGCUUCAGGCAGUUGAAGCAGAAAGACUUCCGCCUGCCACAGAGCCGCUGGCGGGUCAUCAUUGUGUCUGGCAUAAAGGACCAGGUGCUAGCCCACCCCACGCUCCCUCUUCAACCUCCCCCUCCACCCGUGCCUAGCUUCAAAGCUCUGGAUCUUGGAGCUGCCCAAGAGCCACCGUUGGACAGGAUGGCCUGGCUGAGCCAGAAGGCACAGCUCCGGAGGCAGCUGGAGACAUUUGGUGAUGUCAGGACAUGGCUGGAGAACAAGGCCGCCAUUACACCGUCAGAGGCCAAGGUUCUGCUCAGGGUUCAACAGGAACAAAAUGCCCCUAAGGACACCUUGAUUUCAGUCAGGACACCCAAGGUGGAACCUCGCAGGACCAUCCGACAACCCAUCCCCCAGCUGCGACUGCCCAAGCCCUCUAUCCUGUCUCACUUGUUUGCCUACCUGCGUAGUCAAAAAAUCAAGGUCCUGGAAGUAUUUAACAAGGUGGAUCUGGGUGAGAAGCAGCGCAUCACCAGGGAGGAAUUUAUCAUGGCUAUGAAGGCAAUCGGAGUUCCUCUGACGAACCAGGAGCUGGAGGACGUAAUCAUCUACCUCGGCUCUCUUGGGAAGCAGAACGCCAUCACCACGGAUGCCCUGGUCACCACCUACAAGCAGUGGUCACUGGCCCAGCAGAGAAGCACCGUGCCCACUGCCAGGGAGUAUUACAAUCUGUCUAUAAAGAGAACGCCCCAGAAGCGUGCCCCUCAAAAGCAGCAGGCUGUCUCAUCUCCAGUGCCUCCCACGAUGGAUCUGCUGAAGGUCCCCGAGGUUGAUACAAAGACGGAGAGGCGGCCUAUGACAGAGGAAGACAUGGAGGAUGUGGGCAAGCGGUAUCGCGAGAGGCGGAGGCAGGCCAAGCUCUGUAUUCCCUCUAUCCAAUACAUGGAGAACUGCCGACUAGUUCGAUCUGGCAUCAAACAGUUUGAUGAUCACUGCCUGCCAUCCACUCUUUCUGGGGAGAUGGAAGAGUUGAUUAACAAGACCCGCAGGGAUGUCUUCCUCGUCUACCUGCAGUGCUGGGAACUCUGUGAGGUCAAUGGGCUCCCACUGACUGAGGACCUUCUCAGGAGAGCACUACUGUAUCCAGGAGACAAGAUAAUUACUCUGAAAGAAGAAGUCCGCCCAAUCCGGCAGCCUGGAGGCUAUUAUAUAGAUGAGAGGAUUUUCUACCGCCUGCCUGGAUUCAAGACCCAAGGCCACCAAAAGCUUGGGGAAAAGAAGGCAGACAAGAAAACAAUGAAACUCGAGGCAAUGCACUUUGAGGAGUUCGAGGAAUUUACUGGGAAGCUGAAGGCGAAGAGACCCAGGGGUCCCACAUGCACCCACCCCAAUCAUUUCUGGCCCGGUCACCUUCUGGAAAAGCUGCGGCUCUACCUGCCCACUGUGGCCAAGGACAAGAGCCUGGCAAUCUUCAGCCGUAUAGAACAGACACGCCACGCUUACCCUGCCUCCUACCACUCUAAGGACUGGUGGCCCAUGAAAGACUGGGCUUACAUGACCCACGCCUAUUAUGACGCAAACAAGGUUUACUCCAUCAACUAGAGGGGCCUGGGGGCUGCUGGGCCAGAAGACGACAGUGCAGCUAGAGGCCCACAGUUGCAGACAUGAGAUAUCAAAGAGUCAUACACAAGAAACAUUCCCGAGGAAGGUCUGGGGUAGUGUCCCUUGAUACCACAGUGUCCAGUGCCUGGAAC